AGUACUCGCUGUCAUCUACAGGUGUAACUAGAGUUUAUAUCGAUUUGGAUAUCCCUGAAACAAAUGAGCUUCAAAGGAGGUAUUGCUUGCAAGAUGAUAUGGUAGAGGAAAUAGAGCCGGAAGCCCACUUGCAAGGCACAAUUCAAGAACAGAUGCUCUAUAACAGAAGAACCCUAAAAGAAAUAACUGAAAUUACAUAUGAAUCCGAAAAACAGGAAAAGUUCUAUACGACAGAAGCAAUGAUUAAGUCAAUGGACAGGCAAGUAUUUCUAGGAGUGUUUUUAUACAUCAUUUGAUAUAUCAAGUGCAUGCAGAGUACUCGCUGUCAUCUACAGGUGUAACUAGAGUUUAUAUCGAUUUGGAUAUCCCUGAAACAAAUGAGCUUCAAAGGAGGUAUUGCUUGCAAGAUGAUAUGGUAGAGGAAAUAGAGCCGGAAGCCCACUUGCAAGGCACAAUUCAAGAACAGAUGCUCUAUAACAGAAGAACCCUAAAAGAAAUAACUGAAAUUACAUAUGAAUCCGAAAAACAGGAAAAGUUCUAUACGACAGAAGCAAUGAUUAAGUCAAUUGAUACAUCAGAUGAGUGGUACUACAUAGGAUGCCGCAAAUGCAACAAAAAAGUACAAAAACAGGGGAACCACUUCUACUGUCCAAAAUGUGAGAAAGAACCUGAGAAGACAUGUCCAAGGUACAAACUUAAGCUGGAGAUAUGUGAUCUCAGUGCAACAACAACUUGCACCAUGUUUGAAGCAGAAGCAAAAAAAUUGAUUAAGCAAUCUGCAAGCUUUUUGAUAGAUAGGGAUGAUUUUGAUAUCCAUGAGCACACAAAACAAAUCCAGAAAAUAUGUGGGCAGAAAUUGAUUUUUCAAUUCAAAUUGAAUGACUAUAAUUUGAAGUAUGGUUAUCAAGAAUACACUGUUCAUAGAAUCUUUUUCAUAGAUUCUGAAAAAGAUUCAGCACCACAUGAUUCAAAUGUUGAGCAGAUGGAGGAUGAUAAACCCAUUCUAACAUGCACUAAAAGAACUAGGAGGACUAGGAACACACAUCAUGUUGUACAUUCCGAUGAUGAAGAAACAGAAAAUCAGGAUAGUCAAGAGAAAGAUGAAUCCAUAUCUGUUGGUGAUAAGGAAUCUAAGAAAAAGGGAAUUCAAAAGGAUAUACAUGGGCAAGCAGACAAGUUAUCAGUUAUGAAAACGAUAAAGCAAGAACCAGAGGAUGAUGAACCUAAUAUUAACCGGACUAAAAGGGGUUGGAGAAGCAACACAGGCCCCAAGAGAAAGCGUGUCGCAACUCCCAAAUGUGCUGGUAUUGAUAGCAAGCAAGUAAAGAAUCACCAUGAAGAAGAAUCGGAGCAGGAAGGUACUCGGCAGCAUAAUGAUUCAAGGCCUAGGACAAGGCGUAGUUGUGUCGACAAAGAAUUGAUGAACAAAUACAUUCAAAAGUGUGGUGUUGAACUCGAAAGACAAAUCGUUGAUUAGUGGAAAUCCAAUAAUUUAGCAUGUAAUAGAACAUAUACGAGCAUCAGAUUUGUACUUUUUAUGAACAUCGUUGUUUAGAUUGCUUUUAAAAAUUGUAAUAGCGUACCUUUGUGUUAGUAAAGUCAAUAUUCUCUUAUUAAUCAAGAGUAACUGUUCAGUGUAA